ACCGCGCUGGUCGUAAUAGAUCGACUUGAAUGCUGGAGCAAGAAGACGCAUUCAAGUUCAAUUUCAGGGAAGGACGACGUAUCAUGAUACUUUCUGUUUCGUCGAGCCCUGCUUUGGUCUCUGGUUUGAUGGUUGUACGUGCUAAAAAUCCGGUACAUUCCGUUUCGUUUCCCAUCCCAGUCUUUCGCGACACUGCUGGUUUACUUCUUUUCUUAGGUCUCGACUUCUCCGCUAUGAUCUCCCCAGUAGUUCAUAUAGGAGCUAUUGCCGUUUCAUUCCUAUUCGUGGUUAUGAUGUUCAAUAUUCAAAUAGCGGAGAUUCACGAAGAAGUCUUGCGCUAUUUACCAGUGAGUGGUAUUAUUGGACUGAUCUUUUGGUGGGAAAUGUUCUUCAUUUGUGAUAAUGAAACCAUUCCAUUACUACCAACCCACAGAAAGACGACCUCUCUGAGAUAUACGGUUCAUGCCGGAAAGGUACGAAGUUGGACGAAUUUGGAAACAUUGGGCAAUUUACUGUAUACCUACUAUUCUGUCUGGUUUUUGGUUCCUAGUCUGAUUUUAUUAGUAGCCAUGAUUGGGGCUAUAGUACUGACUAUGCAUAGGACUACAAGGGUGAAAAGACAGGAUGUAUUCCGACGAAAUGCGUUGGAUUCUAGGAGGACUAUAAUGAGGAGGACGACAGAUCAAAUCGACAUCUCGCUCACGCCUCCCGGUCGGCCCUGUUUGCGACCAGGGGAGGGGCUCCCGGUGGGAAUGGGAGAGCCUUCGCUACCGCUCAUGACUUUGAUUGGUGGGAAUGGGAGAGCCUUCGCUACCGCUCAUGACUUUGAUUGUAGUCUCUGUAGGCCUGCCUCCUUCAUUCGUGAAGCAGUAGCUUCCGCGCUGCCUACAGACGUGAAGCUUCGCUUCCCCCUACCUUUGAAAACCGCUACUGGCCUGCUAACCAGGAUCGUCAAGGUGAACCUGACUCUAUACGAAUCUGUAUCUUUCGCUUCGCGCCUGAUGUCAGAACAAAAGAAGAUUCUAUCCUCUUUCUAAGAUAGGGGAGCUGGGGGGUGAGUGGAAUCAAUUCAACUCACGGAGAGCUCAUCACUCUCCUGCGUACCUGAGUGCAAAGUUUUUGCAAUUUUGCAAGAUGCUUUUGCUUUGUCUAAAGAUCGCACUAUUAGGCAGCUGGGCGGGCGGAAGCGUAUCGCUCAGUUCACCUUCACUCAGCUAUAGCUUCAAGAAGUCCGUACAAGAUUUGGUUGUAGCGAAACUGACUACUUUGUUCAUGACCAAGCGCUUAACUGCCUGAACGUCUUUCCAGUGGAUGUGCUAGCUGUUAAGAACUUGUACCUCCCCGUGAUUGCCCCGAUCGCCAGGAUAUGGUUCCCUGAGAGGACGGUGUGGGUAACCUCCUCCAGUGAUCCAGUCCUAGGACUUGAGACGACGGGUUACGUCGCGAAAGA